AACUUUCUAGUCUGCUGACGUAUUUUCUUCCCAAUCUAUAACAAAAACCCACGCAGAACUCUAUUCAGCUACUCUCACAAUUUUCUCUCAAUCCGAAUUUCUUGGGAAUUCUUAUCAAGGCAGCUCACAAUGGCGAGUAGGAUGGCAAUGAGAUAUGUUUCUCGCAGGUUCUCUAGCAGUGGCAAAGUUCUCAGUGAGGAGGAAAAAGCUGCAGAAAAUGUCUACAUCAAGAAAAUUGAGCAAGAGAAGUUGGAGAAGCUUGCACGCAAGGGACCAAAAGCAGAAGAGACAGCAACAGGCUCAGGGGGUUCAGGAUCUGUUGCUGAUGCUAAACCUAGUGCUCAGAGCUCCUCAACACCUGGUGUGUCAACUGACAAGUAUAGAAACUAUGCAGUUGUUGCUGGAGCGGUGACUCUUCUUGGUGCUGGGGGUUGGUACUUGUUGUCAAAAGACAAGAAAGCAGAAGAAGUGCAUGACUAAGGCAAAUUUACACAAAGCUAUGGCUAAGAGGAAAUAAUGCAGACUAAUCUUUGAUGUGUUACCUCUUCUCUUCCCCCUUGUAACGAGUACUUUUACACUAAAUGGUGGAUAUACAAUGUGAAGCUGAGAUAUAAUAACUUGUCUGCUACUUUGUGACGAUUUUAUCCAUGUUAAUUCUAGUAAACUACAGCUCUUUUAGAGGAGGAGGAAGCACACGCUGAUACAUGCAAAUGAUUUUUGAUUUGAUAUGUUCUGAUUGGUGAUC